ACCCGUCGCAGAGCAACUUCGGCUCCGCAAUAAAAAAACCAGAACCCUAAUCGCAUAAACCAUAGACUACAAGAGUCGAUAUAAAACCCUAGUGCCAAAACCUUGCUUUCCGUUUUCUUCGAACUGCCAAGGGUUUUUGGCGCUACAACUACAAUAGCUCCGUCGCCGGUGGAGGAAACCUAGCAAUGGCUUUGUAUAUGCUCUACGAGGCUGCCUCUGGGUACAGUCUUUUCCUUGCUCACGGGCUCGAUGAAAUCGGGCAAAACACAGAGGCUGUUCGGGGCUCUGUCUCUGAUAUGAACCGGUUCGGCAAAGUCGUCCAGCUCGUUGCUUUUCACCCCUUUGAGUCUGCUCUCGAUGCUCUCAAUCAGUGUAACUCUGUCUCUGAAGGGGUUAUGACUGAUGAGCUGAGGAACUUCUUGGAGCUUAAUCUGCCAAAAGUGAAGGAAGGGAAGAAGCCAAAGUUCUCGUUGGGUGUUUCAGAUCACAAGAUUGGGUCACAUAUCUCUGAAGUGACUAAGAUCCCUUGCCAAAGCAAUGAAUUUGUUCUUGAGCUGCUUCGUGGUGUCAGGCUGCAUUUUGAUCGGUUCAUCAAGGACCUUAAGCCUGGAGAUUUGGAGAAAGCGCAGCUUGGUCUUGGGCACAGUUACAGUCGAGCUAAAGUGAAAUUCAAUGUUAAUAGAGUUGACAAUAUGGUCAUACAAGCAAUCUCUCUUCUGGAUACGCUGGACAAGGAUGUUAAUUCAUUUUCUAUGAGAUUUAGAGAGUGGUACUCGUGGCACUUCCCUGAACUAGUGAAGAUUGUCAAUGACAACUAUCUCUUUGCAAAAGUUGCUAAGUUCAUUGAGGACAAGUCCAAGUUAUCCGAGGACAAACUUCCUGAACUAACAGAAGUUCUUGGAGAUGAAGAUAAAGCUAAAGAGGUCAUUGAAGCUGCCAAAGCUUCUAUGGGUCAAGAUUUGAAUCCAGUUGACAUGAUUAAUAUCCAAAUGUUUGCCCAGAGAGUAAUGGAACUUGCAGAGUACAGGAAGAAUAUUCACGAGUAUCUAAUUGAAAAGAUGAAUGGCAUUGCACCUAACUUGGCUGCCUUAAUUGGUGAAAUUGUUGGGGCCCGUUUGAUAUCUCAUGCUGGUAGUCUUACAAAUCUGGCCAAGUGCCCUUCUUCUACUCUUCAGAUUCUUGGGGCAGAGAAGGCCCUCUUCAGAGCUUUGAAAACCCGAGGAAAUACUCCCAAAUAUGGCUUGAUUUUCCAUUCCUCCUUCAUUGGUCGAGCAUCUGCACGCAACAAGGGACGCAUGGCCCGUUACCUUGCAAACAAGUGCUCAAUUGCUACUCGAAUUGAUUGCUUUGCUGAGAACGGUACGAAUGUGUUUGGAGAGAAACUGAGGGAACAGGUUGAGGAGCGCCUUGAUUUCUAUGACAAGGGAGUUGCUCCACGGAAGAACAUUGACGUGAUGAAGUCUGCCAUGGAGACAGCAAAUGAUGAUGCAAAUGCUGAUACCAACAUGGAAGAAGCAGCUUCAGCUAAGAAGAGCAAGAAGAAAUCAAAGCCAGAAUCUGCAGAAGUUGAGGAUAAGUCAACUGUUGCCACAAAUGGAGAUGCCGUGGAGCCAAAAUCCGAGAAGAAGAAGAAAAAGAAGGAAAAGAGGAAACUGGACGAUGACUCAAAUGGUGUGGCUGCAAUGGAAGUCGAGGGGGAUGUGACCGAGAAGAAGAAGAAAAAGAAGAAGAGCAUAACUGAGAGCGUUGAAGGAGUAGAGGUUGAUGGAGAGGUGAAAAAGAAGAAGAAGAAGAAGAACAAAGAUUGAAGAAAUCGUAUUUAGUGUUGAUGAAUGAAUAUUUUGGCCUCCCAGAUUAUGUGAAGCAAGAGCAAUUCGUAUGUUAUUCCUGAGAAAAGAAAAGUGAACAAUCUGUGUUGUAUGCUAAGUGGGCACUGGGCAGAUACAGUAGUAGAUUAGUUUCUUUUUAGUCCUAGAACGUCGUCUUCUCAGAGGAGCCAUCUAAGUUUUGGUUUUAUUGUUCAGCUUUUGGUCAUGAUCAUUGAAAGUUACCGGGUUAAUGUCUAGAUGCACAAAUCGUACAAUCCUACCGUGGUAGGUAUUCUCAAAAUUGUGUGCACGGUGGUCUAAUUUGGGGUUGUUUGGUUAGGUUGAGUCAUUUUGGCCGAAACAACUUGAUAUUACAUCACGUAAUGACUCCAAGC